GCUCCCGGGCUGUCAGCGCCGGGCUGCGACCGCGUGAGGAGGCGCGCUAGCAGGAAGGAGCCGCGGGCUGGCGGCCGCCGCCUGUGCCCGGGGACUAGUCUCUUCUAGUGAGUUGGUGCACUUGAACUGACUUAGGGAAAGUGCAGUUUGGGGAAGGUAGAAGAUCUGGCUUCAUCCCCCUGGGUGGUGCCAUUGUGAAGGUAUCCCAGCCAGGGAAGGUGAUGUUAGGCCACCGCCUGAGGAAGACCUUGAUGUGGGAGCUGUCCUGUGCUGCCUAUUUCAUCAUCUAAUGAUCUGAUCCCUCUGUGGAACUUCCAAACAUCUUUUAUUAGUGGAAAUAUUUUCUACACAAUGAAGUCAACAACUUAAUUUAAACCAGCAUCUGUGUGGUUCUGAUUCAUCUGCUUUGGUUCGUGAAGUUUGAGAUCCGAGGAGUACAGGGUCUUUUGCGAUGACAAUAUGACUAAUAGUAAAGGAAGAUCUAUUACUAAUAAACCAAGUGGUGGUCUAAGUAGUGGAAGAGGUUUUGUAGAUUGGACUUUAAAUUUAAAUACAAUUCAAUCUGACAAGUUUUUAAACUUGCUGUUGAGUAUGGUUCCAGUAAUUUAUCAGAAAAACCAGGAAGACAGGCACAAAAAAGUAAACGGCAUUUGGCAAGAUGGAUUAUCAACUGCAGCACAGACUUUUAGUAAUAGAUCUGAGCAACACAUGGAAUAUCACAGUUUCUCAGAGCAGUCUUUUCAUGGCAAUAAUGGGCACACAACAUCAAGCUGUAGCCAAAGGUAUGAUGACUAUGCCAACUAUAAUUACUGUGAUGGAAGGGAGACUUCAGAAACUACUGCCAUGUUACAAGCUGAAGAUAUAUCUAGUGAUGGUGAUGAAGAUGUUAUUCUGGAAACACACCAAAAAUUACCAAAGGAAUCCAGUGGCAUCAUGGCAUUGCAAAUACUUGUGCCAUUUUUGCUUGCUGGUUUUGGAACAGUUUCAGCUGGCAUGGUUUUGGAUGUAGUGCAGCACUGGGAGGUGUUCAAAAAAGUUACAGAAGUUUUCAUUUUAGUUCCUGCACUUCUUGGUCUCAAAGGGAACUUGGAAAUGACAUUGGCAUCCAGAUUAUCUACUGCAGUAAAUAUUGGGAAGAUGGAUUCACCCAUUGAAAAGUGGAACCUAAUAAUUGGCAAUUUGGCUUUAAAACAGGUUCAGGCAACAGUAGUUGGUUUUCUAGCAGCUGUGGCGGCGAUUAUAUUGGGCUGGAUUCCAGAGGGAAAAUACUACCUUGAUCAUUCCAUACUUUUGUGCUCUAGCAGUGUAGCAACUGCCUUCAUUGCGUCUCUUCUGCAGGGAAUAAUAAUGGUUGGAGUUAUCGUUGGUUCGAAGAAGACUGGUAUAAAUCCUGAUAAUGUUGCUACACCCAUUGCUGCUAGUUUUGGUGACCUUAUAACUCUUGCCAUAUUGGCUUGGAUAAGUCAGGGUUUGUACUCUUGUCUUGAGACCUAUUACUACAUUUCUCCAUUAGUUGGUGUCUUUUUCUUGGCUCUAACUCCUAUCUGGAUUAUAGUGGCUGCCAAACAUCCAGCCACAAGGACAGUUCUCCACUCGGGCUGGGAGCCGGUCAUAACAGCUAUGGUUAUAAGUAGAGAAGAUUUGCUCUACGUUCUUCAAAUAAGACGGAACUUUCGAGAAUUGAAUUUCAUUUUAAAUAUGCUGGGGAGGUACUAUUUAAGGACCCCUGUUUAUCAGCAGCAGCAGCUAUUUAGUAUUGGUGGUAAUUUGGUGGCCAUUCAGGCUAGUAGGAUUUCUACCUACCUCCAUUUACAUAGCAUUCCAGGAGAAUUGCCUGAUGAACCCAAAGGUUGUUAUUACCCAUUUAGAACUUUUUUUGGUCCAGGAGUAAAUAAUAAGUCCGCCCAAGUGCUACUGCUUUUAGUGAUUCCUGGACAUUUAAUUUUCCUCUACACUAUUCAUUUGAUGAAAAGUGGUCAUACUUCUUUGACUAUAAUCUUCAUAGUAGUAUACUUAUUUGCUGCUGUGUUACAGGUAUUUACCUUGCUGUGGAUUGCUGACUGGAUGGUCCAUCACUUCUGGAGGAAAGGAAAGGACCCAGAUAGUUUCUCCAUCCCCUACCUAACAGCAUUGGGUGAUCUGCUCGGGACAGCUUUGUUAGCCUUAAGUUUUCAUUUUCUUUGGCUUAUUGGAGAUCGAGAUGGAGAUGUUGGAGACUAAUAAAUCCUACAGACUGCUCUCAAGCUACCAAGGAGGACAACAUGAGACAACCACUUAUGGCUCUUUUUCAAAACUCUUAAAUCAGUAGUUUGACUUUUGCAAGGGUAAUCUUUCAGUUGGCCCUGAUUCAAUUAAAUGGCCUUAACUUUUUUUUAAGGAAUUUGUGUUAAAACCAGAAUGAACAUUAUUUGUGCUGCUUUUUGUAGAAUAAAUGAUAAUUUGACAUAAACAUAGGUAUAAUCUCAAGCUCUGAAAUUAAUUAAAUAGGAAAGAAUAUAGGAGGUUUACAGUGAAUAAUUUUAAAACCACAAACCGCAGAAAUGUACUUUAUCGUUGUUUAAAUUGUACUGCAAGACUAGAGGAAACGGCCCUAGUUCAGCCUUUCCUGUCUCACAAAUACGUUGUACUGCAAGGCAUACUAUAAAAUGAAAGGUGCCCAACCAAGCUUUUAAGAGUUUUAACUAUGUCUACCUCUAUGCUAGCUGAGGAUAAAUUUACCAAUUGCUUAUUCCUAAAUUGACCUAAAUAUGUUCUGCUGAGCAUAAGAUAAACUCAAUUUUACCUCCAUCUAAAAUUACCCUGUGCCAAUGUUAAUUUAAUUUCAAAUCUGCAAGUUCUUGGCAGGCUAACCUUUAAGCACAGAAUGAUCUUGAGAGAGCUUUAAUGAAAGCAAUGAGUCAUUUUUUGAUCAUUGAUUUGUUGAAAAAAUGUUAAUUUUUAAAGAAAACUUAAUAGUCAAAAACAGAAGAUAACCUG